ACUUGGGAACAACAACAGGAGCCUUGCAAAUCUCCUUCCUUGGCGGCUGCCCAGCUGAGCGGAGGGUCCAUGGGGUUCCUGUUCUGCCCACAAGUGCAAAUCUGGGUCAGAGAGCUGGCCCCAGGCCCAGCUUCUGUGUUUGUUCCGGAGUCCCUUGCCAGGCCCCUGUUGCUCCUUGAUCGUGCGCGUUCCCCCUGGGGAUGUGUGUUUGAUCCUUGAACUCUAAGCGCCACAUAGUCACGACUUGGGAGUGAAUUCCCCAUUUACAGCUUUGACUUAUCUUCAGCAAUAAACAACCACCUCUGGUAUAAAUAGCCACCGCUGAGAAGGAUCGGUCACACGAAGCAGCAGACGCUGAAAGGACUGGUAAGAAUCUGGGCCUCUCCUGGUACUAUGGCUUGCUUCUCUCUCUCUUUCUCUCUCUCUCUUCUCUCUCCCUCUCUCAAAGCUCUUUGAAAAGACUUUGCUUCCCCUGCAGAGAAGUUGCCUCUCCAUUUCUUUCUUGAUCAGCCUUUGCCAACUCCCCGGUGCCCACCCGAUGUUUUGGACCACAGAUCCCAUCAGCACCAGCUAGCACAGCAGCCUGAGCACAUCAGGAGGGCACCACCAGGUUGGCAAAGGCUGACUUGGUUGUUCUGCCUGGGGCUUCCUCUUGGAUAUAUCAAUGGAUACCUUGGGGUGUAUACCUUGGAAGGAAAGCUCAUUGGACUCUUCCAAUGAGCAGGUGCCCCAGCUUGGGAAGCAUCUCUGGGCAUCUUGCUGCUGCUGCUGGGCUAGGUGGACGUAGCAGAUCUUGUGUGCAGCAAUUCUUGCUUAAGGGCAGAAAGAGCUGCCCUAUGGGGUCAUGCCAAGGGGAGCCCACCUCACCUCGAAUCCGGCUGCUUCUCAAAAUGGCCAGCCCGGUGCCUCCAGGGAAGCCCACAAGCAAGACUUUAUGGUAACUAGUCCUUCUGUGUUGCUUGCGAACUGGCAAGAUCCGCUGGAUCUGGUCUUCCCAUUGGCUCUUCUGUUUAAUCUUCAGCAUGCCUCUUUUUCUCCUCACUUCCAAUUUCUCUCUUUCUUGGUCUUGGGAGAGAAAAGCUCAAGAAAUCCUUUUGUUGUUGUUUUUCUACAUCUUUGUGGAUUCUUCUGGCCUGACGUGAUCCCCUUCUGCAGUCUCCAGGUUGGAACGCAUUGCAAGAUGAAAGCCAUCACAGUGACUCUGGCCCUGGUGUUCCUCACAGGUGAGUCCCCUCGACCCUGUGCUCACGGGCAGGGAAUGGCAGCUCUCCCUGAGGCAGCCCAACUCCUGCCCAAGAACCUUGGGGGGGAUGAGCUCUGAAGGACAUGCUCCGAUCUCCGCUAAUCUCUGCUUGUGGGUGGAGGGAGGAGUAGCCGUAGAGGAGUGGGCUCUGCCUUCGCAGGGCCGAACUGGGGAGACCUGGCUCGCUUCUGACUGCCCCUUUCUAAACACUCUGCCCUUAGGCUCUAACCAUUAUUGCAUUUCUAAUGCAGGAACCCAGGCCCGCCACUUCUGGCAGCAAGAUGAGCCCCAACAAACCCCCUUGGAGCGUGUGCACGACGCUCUCACUGUUUAUGUAGAAACCAUCAGGACUGGUCUCCGUGAAGCCAUCACUCAGCUGGAUAACUCUGAAUGGGGCAAGGAAGUAGAGUGAGUAGCAAUUUAGGGGCAAGCAGGGAAUAGACUGGCAGGCUGCAGGCUUUUGGGGUGGCCAAAGCUCCUUCCCCUUUAUCUCCUCAGGAGAUGAUGCUUCUGCCUCAGGAGGGCUUUCCAUCUGUGCAGUGAGGGAGCGGGGGCAGGGAGGAGUGGCUGGCUGGCUGGCUUUGUGGAUACCUGUGGAGGCCUUUCCAAACCCAUGUCCCCCAGAUCUCCAUUCACCCUCAUGGAACUGUGGUGCAGCACCGACCUCCGACCUCCCCCCACCCCGGCUAAAAGCCAGAUAUGGGGGGGGGGGGUGCCUUACAUCCACUCUGAUCUCAGGGGCCUUCCCUGGGAGGGACAGCCCCACAAAAUCUAGAGGAGCUGGAUUGCAUGACCCGCCUCACCCCACCCCGGCUGGGCUACUGAACAGCAUCACAAAUUCAUAGCUGAAAGAGGAGCCUCAAAUAUACUUUUUAAGGCAACUGCUAAAUAGACAUGCCUUGUAUGAACCCUAUAAACAGAUUUUUUAAAAAUGAAAUUAGACAACUGAGGUGUGUAUGUGACAGGGUGGGGGGAGGAAUCCUUUUAUAAAGGAUGAGUAGAUGCCAUAUUUUUAUCGACGCAGCCUUGGCUCAUGUUGGCUUCUGCUGCUGCUGCUAUUGGGCGAGGAGGCAGUUUUGUCAGGUCUCUGUGUUGGGUUCAGACAACACCGAUGGCCAGAGCAGAGGGUGGCUUCCUCGCUUCUGCUCCACAUUGUAUAAAGGGGUAGCAGAGACCCUGACCUUCCUUAGCAGAACAGGAGGUUGAAACUGGCUGGUGCUUCUGGAGGAGAGGUGCUCCUUUCUUCUUCUGGGCUGGAGCAAGAGGUCUAGGCACCACCUCUGCCCUCCCUUCACCCACUAACUUGGUCUCCCCAUCCUCUCUCUGUAGCCUAAGCCUGGUUCCGAAAUUGGACAAGGCGCACCAGAUAUUAGCUGAGUUGCACAAAGAAAUAGCCCCCGAGAUGGAAGAACUGAAGCAAGAGCUGAAAGUGCACUGGGAAAAGGGGAUGGAGGAGCUGAAGAAGCACUUGGAAAGCGUGAAUGCCAAUAUCCAGCCCUACUUUGAUGAAUUCAGCAAGAAGUUCCACCAGGAAUUAGAGGCUCUCCGGGCCAAGGCAGAGCCCAUUGAGCAGGAGGUGAAGCAGAUUGUGCGCCAGAACCUGGAGACAAUUCAGGAGAAGGUGAGGCCAGUGGCCGAGGAAGCGCGGGACAAGCUGCGGGACCACGUGGACGAGCUGCGUGCCAAGGUGGCCCCCCACGCCGAAGAGAUGCGCCAGAGGCUGAGCCAGAAGCUGCAGGAGCUCCGGGAGCAGGGCGCCCCCAGGUUGAGAGAGUUUCAGGCCGAGGCCCAGAAGCACUUCACUGCCCUGCGGGAGAAGAUUGGACCCAUGGUGGAGAAGGUGCGUGAGCAACUGCCCACUAGCGUGGAAAGCUUCAAGACCUAUGUGGAGGGCCUCAUCGCCAGUGUGCAAAAGGCCGUGGAGGACGAGAUGAAGAAGGAGCAGCAACAGCAGGCCGCCUAGAGAGAAGCAUGGCAGCCCCUCUCCUUCCAGGAUCCUGCCUGGACCUUUGGGCCUCCCUCUUCCCUCUGAUCAGGGUUCCUCUGAAUAAGCACUGCCUCCCCACUUUGGUAUUUAUCGCUGACCUUUCCCACCCCACAUUUUGGCACCACAACCCUGGGUGGGUUAUGGGGUGUGAGCAGGGAAAGGAGGGGUUGCAACUCCUCCCCACGCCCUUAAGACCCCAGCUGGAAGACCUCAGGCUGGAGUGGAAGAAAACCUAGCUUCUCUCCCCCUCUUCUUCCCACCGCCAUCCCCACCUGCUCAGUCCAGUGCCUCUCUCCUUCUCUUUUGCCGAAUAAAAAGCAAUUUUAAGAGAUAUG